AGGAAAGCUCUUAUUCGAAUCCUCCCCCUCCCCCCUUAACCAAGCUUGGAUGUGUUAACCUUGCGUCGCUAAAUAACGUGGCACGGCAUCGACGAAUAUGAAGAAACUCGUCUGUGUUGGAGCUUGCUAUCUUGAUACUAUCCUGGACGUGCCUCACUACCCGGGCGAGGACUCUAAAUUACGUGCCACCAAUUUACAAGUGCGUCGUGGCGGCAACUGUCCCAACACCCUUCAGGUGCUUCAGCAGCUCCUGAGGGAACAACGGCCUGAUGGUCAUAAUAACCAUGGCGGUGUCAAACCCUACCUGAUAUCUUGUCUGCCUAGCGCCGAUGCACCUGCGACAGCAACCGUAGUGGACUCAUUUGGACCGGGAAGCCUCGUCGACUUCACGCGAUGCAUCUUCCGCGCGAAUCACAGGGAUCCCGCGAGCAGUUAUAUCAUACGUAGCGAGGCAACCGGGAGUCGUACCCUCGUCAACUACAACGACCUACCUGAGAUGACGAUCGACGAGUUCGUCACUGCUGCCGACGAGGUCGGCGACGAUGCUUGGUUCCACUUUGAGGGACGGAUUCCUGAGACGACGUUGCAAUGCAUUCGGUACUUAAGGCGGUCGUUCCCCAGCACAAGAGUGAGCGUCGAGGUCGAAAAACCGGGCCGAUGGGGGUUAGAAGACCUGGCGGCUGAAGCGGACGUCGUGUUCUAUUCGCGGAGCUGGGCUGAAAGUAAGCGGUACGAGAGCGCUCAGCAAUGCCUGAGUGCCCAAUCGGGCGUGGCCCGGAAAGCCACCGUGGGAGCAGGUGACACCUUCAUUGCCGGGAUGCUAUUCGGGCUGCUGUGCCACCACGAAGACUGGAACACCGAGAGAAAAGUGCAGUUUGCUGUGCAGCUUGCUACGUGCAAGGUGCAACGGGACGGGUUCGACGGCGUUGGGGCCGAGGUGUUGAAGCAUUUUGGAGUGGCGUCGUCUCAAUGAAACUUGGACGAUCGGUUAUGAGAUGAGAUGUAACUAGCGAGCCGUGGUCGUGGUCGUGUGACAGGUGCCUCUUUUUCCUUCCUUGUUCCUCUUUAUUUUUUAUUUUAUUUUAUCUUUUCUAUCCCUUCCCUUCCUUUCCCUUCUAGCCGGCACGGUGUUACCAACCUAGACGCUGCUCUAAGCCUAGUAGGUAGAUUUAUUAAAUAACCCUCGGGCGCCUAUCCUGGGUUGGGUCUGCCGAACGCGAUAGGUUUUAGAAACAUGCGGAAAUGUGUGUAGUUCGCAUAGUUCGGACGCAAAAGCAGGAAACCUAUCCAUUAAAAGGGCUUGCAUGGAUCGAUGGGCUCGUAAUGGGACAUAUCCGGGGGGGCCCCAUCCCUUGGACUUGGUAGAGCGGUGUUAUUAUUUUAGCAUGUAUCAUCCGUCGUAUUGUACCCUACAUACCUACCUAACACACUAUACAUACCACAUACAUUAG